AUAAGUAUAAUGAGUUUUAAUGGGAAAGUUGUUGUUGUUACUGGCGGGAGUUCUGGCCUAGGUGCCGCUAUAGCAAUUGCAUUCGCCAAAGAAGGAGCUCAUGUCGCUAUCGUUGGAAGAAAUGAAGAACGCCUUCGAGAAAUUGCUAAAAAGUGCAACGAUUAUAGUAAAAACCCUCUCGUAAUAAAGGCUGAUCUUAAUAAAGACGAUGAUGCUGAAAAAGUUAUUACAGAUACAAUAAAUAAAUUCACCAAACUAGACGUACUGAUAAACUGCGCUGGUAUCCUAAGACGAUGUACGCUAGAAGGAGGUUUUAUGAGAACGUUCGAUGAAAUAAUGAGAAUCAAUCUUCGUGCAGCCGUCGUAAUAACUGAACUAGCUACACCUUACAUCAUAGCUAGUAAAGGUAAUAUCAUAAACAUAUCCAGUGUGGGUAGUACGGAGAUACCAAAUGCUGAGUACACUGCUAAUUGUGUUUCAAAAGCUGGGUUGGACCAUUUCACGCGUGGUGCUGCUAUAGAACUCUCGAAGUAUGGAGUGCGAGUGAACGCUAUUUCACCUGGACCGGUCAAAACUAAGAUAUUUGCAAAUGCUGGUAUACAUUUACCAUAUGAGGAAAUAGGAUUUAGGACGCUGCUCAAUCGUUGGGGAGAACCAGAGGAGAUUGCUGAUUUAGCUCUGUUUAUGGCAAGUGAUAAAGCCAAGAGUGUGACUGGAUCCAUUUAUACGUCAGAUAAUGGUUAUUUGUUAGUGAAAUAUUAAAUGUAUAUACUUGCCAUUAUAUUAUAU